UCUUUUGAAAAAUUGUUCAUUUUUUUUUUGGUUCAAUUGAUUAUCUUUGUUUCUAAUUGAUUGAGUUUUUUGUUUGGCUGAUUUAUUUUUGUUGGUGUUGAAAAUUUUGUUCUUUCUCUGCCUGUGAUCCAAGAUGGAUUUCCAACAUCGAGCCGGUGGUAAAACUGGCAGCGGAGGAGUUGCAAGUUGGUCUGAAACCAAUAGGGAAAGGAGAGAGAGAUUAAGACAACUCGCCUUGGAAUCAAUUGAUUUACAGAAAGAUCCUUAUUUUAUGAAGAAUCAUUUAGGUUCUUAUGAGUGUAAAUUGUGUUUAACUCUUCACAAUAAUGAAGGUUCUUAUCUGGCCCAUACUCAGGGUAAAAAACAUCAAACCAAUUUGGCUCGAAGGCAAGCAAAAGAUUCAAAAGAUUCACCGGCUUUACCUGCUCCAGCUAAACCACGAACAGAGAUCAAGAAAUUUGUUAAAAUUGGAAGACCAGGUUAUCGGGUUACCAAACAAUUAGAUCCGGAAUCAGGUCAACAAUCACUGUUAUUCCAGGUUGAUUAUCCUGAGAUAACCGAUGGAGUUUUACCUCGUCACCGUUUCAUGUCCGCUUAUGAACAAAAGAUCGAACCUCCCGAUAGACGAUGGCAAUAUGUUCUAUUCGCUGCUGAACCUUACGAGACGAUUGGAUUUAAAGUUCCAAGUCGAGAGGUUGAUAAAAGUGAAGAUAAAUUCUGGACCUUUUGGAAUAAAGAUUCGAAACAAUUUUUCCUUCAAGUUGCUUUUAAAGUAGAACAAACUAAUCCGAUUCUCGCUUCCGUUCUUGGAGCGGCUAAAUCGAAAGAUCAUCUUAUUCCAUCUAAAUUAACUGGACCCAAAGAAAUUCACAACAAUAAAAGUAAUCACAAUUCAUCUCAAGGUAAAAAUGGUAACACCAAAGGUUCACAUUCAGAUUCAGAGGAAAACAAUUCAAAUGUUGUCAAUGAAAACAACAGAAUAUCACCAAUUUCAACCUCUGAACCAACCACAGCUUCGACAUCAUCACCACCCCCAACACAAAAUCUCAUUGAAAGUAAUGGAAACGAUUCUGAUGACAAUUCUGGUGUUACAAAUAAUGGUGAUGUUAACGAUGACAAUUCACAAGAUGAUGAAACCAACAUGUCAACCGAUUGAUAGACAAUUGCCUUUGGCUCAUUAAAACUUGAAUUUCUCAUCAAA